UGAACUCAACUUAGUACACUCUGCCAGCUGGCUGCUAUUCGGUGUGAUAGGAAGGAGGAGGGGCAGCGGGAGUGUGCAGUGUUCUCUCGAGUCUUGUUCAGCCAUGUUAGAUUUUUCUGCUUUUCACCAACGAUGAACGCGGAGCCAUGGCCUUGUCAUUGAGUGGAGACGAUGAGGAAUAUGAUUCAGACUCCGAACAGCGUGCAGCCAAUCGUCCGAAGCCCAAGAUGGCAACACCUUCGGCUGUUAAACUACCAUCCAGUCGUAGCUCAUCAGGAGCCAGACGGAGGAGAACGCGUUGCCGAAAGUGCGAGGCAUGCAUGCGGACAGAGUGUGGCGAGUGUCACUUUUGCAAGGACAUGAAGAAGUUUGGUGGUCCAGGCCGCAUGAAACAGUCCUGCAUUAUGAGGCAGUGCAUAGCACCUGUAUUGCCCCACACAGCCGUAUGCGUGGUGUGUAAAGAGGCUGGGAAGGAGGAUACACUGGAGGAAGAGGAAGACAAAUUCAACUUCAUGUUAAUGGAAUGUUCUAUCUGCAACGAAAUUGUCCAUCCCAACUGCCUCAAGGUGAGUGACGCUUCUGGCGUGGUGAACGACGAGCUGCCAAACUGCUGGGAAUGCCCUAAGUGCAACCAUGCUGGAAAGAGUGGAAAAGUAUUAAAGCAAAAAAGGGGUCCAGGGUUCAAGUACGCCUCCAACCUCCCUGGCUCUCUGCUGAGGGAACAGAAGUCUAUGAAGGAGGAGGGGGACACAUCUUCUUCAGUCAAGAGGAGACCUGACAGAGAAGAGACACCCAGGCAUCGACCCGAGGAGGCUCUUCACCGGCCGCCGCCCAUGUUAUCCCCUGGUAGCAUUCCCCGACCCCGGCUCGAGGAUAAGCUGAGGAAGAAGAGGAAGCUCUUUGAUGAGGAGGAGGAAGAUGAUUUCAGAGGAAGGAAGCAGGAAAGAUCAGAAGAACCUUGUUUUUCAAAAAUAUUGCAGCAAAUUAAGAUGGAAGAGGAUGAUGCGUACGAGGACGAUGAUGACGAUGGAAGGGAGCUUCAUUUCCGGGGUUUUGUAGAGCGAAAUGGCCGUUUGGGUGGAGCGGAGGACCUGGCAGAUGACAGAGACUAUAAGAGUGAUCUUUUGAAUUCUUCCCUCAAAAUGCCUAUUGUGGACAGUGACCACUCCCACUGCAGCUCUCCGCAAGCCGGCCCAAGCAGCGAAGGCGGGAGCGAGACCCAGGAAAAAGGCCCUCGACCCAAAGCUCGGCGCAAACGGCGUUUACCUAACAAGGAGCUAAGCAGAGAGCUCAGCAAAGCACUGAACCAGGAAAUUCAGAAAACCGAGGACUGCCUGGCCAAUGAGAACCGCCAGCCUCUUAAGGUAGAGCCAGAGUCUGAAAACGAAGAACCCAAGAGGUUGUUCCACAACAGCAAUGACAUUGGCGAGCAGAGGCCCCACCUUAAGACCAAGGAGAUGAAUGGCACCCCCUGGGAACUGCGCCACUUCUACCCAAGUCAGAUCACUCCGCUGGGCUUCAACAGGAGCACACCAACCACCCGACCGGUGCCUCCGCGCUCGCCGCCCAAGUGUGUCCAAAUGGAGCGCCACGUCAUUCGGCCCCCGCCAAUAAGCCCGCCUCCAGAUAGACUACCUCUUAAAGAUGGCAAAAUGCAUGUCCUCCAGCGUGAGGUCUGGAUGAAGAUAUUCAACCACCUCACGCAUCAGGAACUCUGCUGCUGCAUGAGAGUGUCCAAGACCUGGAACAGAUGGUGCUGCGAUAAAAGACUCUGGACAAAGAUCGACCUGAACCGCUGCACGUCCAUCACGCCACUCAUGCUGAGCGGAAUCAUUCGGCGACAGCCACUCUCUUUGGACCUCAGCUGGACCAACAUUUCCAAGAAACAAUUAAGCUGGCUGAUUAACAGAUUGCCAGGUCUGCGAGUGUUAAAGUUAUCGGGGUGUUCGUGGGCGGCUGUAUCUGCACUCUGCACCUCCAGCUGCCCACUGCUACGAACGCUGGACGUCCAGUGGGUGGAAGGGCUCAAGGACGCACAGAUGAGAGAUCUCCUGUCACCUCCCACAGACAACAGGCCGGGUCAGCUGGAUAACCGCUGCAAAUUGCGGAAUGUGGAGGAUCUGCGUCUGGCAGGCCUGGACAUCACUGACACAUCCCUACGGCUCAUCAUUCGCCAGAUGCCUCUGCUUUCCCGGCUGGACCUGAGCUACUGUAACCACGUCAACGACCAGUCAGUCAACCUGCUCACAGCGGCGGGGACCACCACUCGAGACUCACUCACAGAAAUCAACUUGUCAGUUUGUAACCGGGUCACCGAUCAUUCCCUGAACUUUUUCAAGCGUUGCGGGAGCAUCUGCCAGAUUGACCUUCGCUUCUGCAAGCAGGUGACCAAGGCGGGCUGCGAGAGGUUCCUCGCCGAAAUGUCUGUGAGCGUCCCGUUUAGACUGAAGGAAGAUAAAUUGCUGCAGAAGACGAGCUAGUUCAUAAUAAUCAAAUAGAUCGAAUGACAAUUUGCACUUAAUUGGGAUGUUUUUCUUUUUAUACUGGGCCUGCAGUAGAUCUCUUAAACGAUGUCACAAUUAAAAGAAUCAACAGACUGAGGACCAUAGCAAGACAGAAAGAACUAGCAUGUGUUUGUGUUGAGAUUGUAGAUCUUUUAUAUAUAUAUAUAUAUAUAUAUAGAUAGAUA